AUGCCUACCAAAGAUAAAAAGGAGAAGGAGGAUAGACCUUACAAGUGUACGUUUUGCGAUAAAGCGUUUCAUAGACUAGAGCACCAAACAAGACACAUUCGAACUCAUACUGGCGAAAAGCCCCACGCUUGUACAUUCCCCGGCUGUACCAAGAGAUUUAGCAGGUCAGAUGAGUUAACCAGACAUUUGAGGAUCCACAACAAUCCCACUAAUAAUAGCAACGGCAACUCCAAUAGGAAACGGAAAACUAAGUUGGGCGGUGACGAAGCCAUGGAUUUGCCUCUUGCUAUCGGUAAUCAGCAUUUGAUACUUGUUCCUGGACAAUCAUCCUAUCUAGUGCCCACCGAUGGCUCGACAGCCAUCCCGUUUUCAAUCGAUCGAAAUGGCCAGCAUAUUUAUCAUCAGCCACUUGCGGUGAUUUUCAAUCAAAGCACGGGAACUUAUAUCCAGCAACCUAUUGCCAGUGCUCAACAACCGAUUCAUCCUCAAUUUGCUCCAAUCGAACACCCACAACAACAACUGCAACAGCAGCAGCAGCAACCACCCUUACCACCACCACAACAAGUGCAACAACAACAACAAGCCGCGGUUUUGCUGAAUCCGCAACUGCAUUUGGAUAUCCACAGAAAUCAAGGAUCUGCCGUGUUUUCCAUCCCCUCGUCGCCAACUCACUUGCAACACAAUCCAUCUGCCAUGCAUGCGUCUCACUCGUCCAAUAAUCUCGUUUCCCACAAUGCUCGUCCUUUAAUGGUGUCAAGAACAGUUUCAUCAGAUGCAAUAAGACAUUUCAACAGCCACCAUAGCAAGGGAAACGUCUCACCUCCGUUUGGACAUCGCCAUAAUCCAUCUAGCCCUUAUCACCACUCACAAUCUGCGCUUCAGAAACUGGAGUCCUCAUCGAGCAUUAUCCUGGAAAAUCAGCGAAUAUUUAGCAAUACCAAUUCAGCAGCUCAGUCCUUGGGCACGUCACCCGAUAACUCAACCAUUUCCAUGGCACCGCCUUCCUCGUUUAGCAAUUUGCAUGAAUAUUUCCAGAAAAACGGCACCUUGGGCAGUGGCACUCGAGUGCUUAAUUCAAGUUCAUCUUCAUUAUCUGCUUUGAGCAAGGUGCGAAGCUCGGCCUCAACAACGAACCUUUCAGGAUUACAGAGAAUGACACCGUUGAAACCAACGUUGUCCCAUACAUCUUCAGCACGCACUACAUUGACAAACCCCAUUCCCAAGCAACCCUCGGCAACCUCAUUAAAUCUCGAGUUUUUCAAUGGCCAGCAAACGGAUGCUCAUGUAGCAAAGAAAUCAAGACCAAAUUCACCUUCACUUACGCCGCAGCAUACUGUGCCACUUCAUCUUACAAAAUCACAUUCAAAAGGAUUCAUUAUAUCACCAAAUGAAACCCCACUACAGACACCUAGCCAUUCGCCGCAUUUGCAAGCUGCUACAAUGGAUCACAACCAACCACCGCCACCACCAUUACACAUUGGAGGUAAGAGAGGACACGAAAUAUUGGGGCAGAAGUUGGAUGGCAUUGCCAACACUGGAACGCAAUUACCUCCCAUCCGUUCAGUUUUGAAUUUCCCUUCGUUUCUGACAUUGCAUCAACAUGAACCUCAAUCCGAAGCGGAGGCUAAUGAAGCUCAAAAGAAGCUGGAUACCCAGGGCUCAAUGAGAUUAGAGAAUUUGUUAUCAUAA